AUGGCCGGCGGCAAAGGAAAGUCUUCGGGCGGAAAGAGCUCUGGUGGCAAGACCUCCGUCGAGGGCCCCAAGAAGCAGCAAAGCCACUCCGCGAGGGCUGGACUCCAGUUCCCCUGUGGUCGUGUCAAGAGGUUCCUCAAGCAGAACACCCAAAACAAGAUGCGCGUUGGCGCCAAGGCGGCGGUCUACGUUACGGCCGUGCUAGAAUACCUUACUGCCGAAGUGCUCGAGCUCGCUGGCAACGCUGCCAAGGAUCUCAAGGUCAAGCGUAUCACUCCCCGCCAUCUCCAGCUCGCCAUCCGUGGUGAUGAGGAGCUCGAUACUCUCAUUCGUGCCACCAUCGCCUUCGGUGGUGUACUGCCACACAUUAACCGCGCUCUUCUUCUCAAGGUAGAGCAGAAGAAGAAGAAGGCGGCGCAGGCGGUAUAA